AAAGAAUCUACGAUUCUUAAAUAAUUUAUCGACAUGUCUGUCUUAUCACCUUUAUUGCCCAGUUACAAAGUACCAUGAUCUGUGAUUUUCAAACCUAAAAAAAUCAAUGUAAAUUUAAAAUUUUUAUGUUCAGGUGGAUCUCAUGCCAGUGGUAUCAAUACACUGAGUCAAGGACAAGAAGGGGUAUGUAGGACUAUAAUAUAGAAAUUGAAAAAUAUUUAGUUGUAUUUUAAAAACUUACAUCGAAUUUGAUCUAUUCCGACAGGGAGGGAAUACAUCAUUUAAAUUGCUCGAGGCUCUACAAUUUAUUCUGGUAAGUGUCCUCAUUCCAUAUUUUUUUUAUAUUUAUCUGAUAAUAGUGACCGUCCUCUUACAGUACUCCGUGAAUAAAAUUACUUUUAAAAGCCAGGGAAGGGUCCAGACAGAUCUUGUAGAGAAGGGGGGGGGGGGGCUCCUCGACAUUAUUGGUCAAUUACUAGAAAUUGGUGUUCAGGGUCCGAUGGUAGGAUUUUGCCUUUCGCCAUUAAAUCCAUCCCUAUAUAUUAAGGCGUGACCAUGCAACCUCCGUCACCAGACUUUCCAGAGGUGAAUUUACUGGUUUCUUUAAGGUAAUUCCGCAGUUUUGCAUUGCGCACUUUUACUGCGCACAUCUUAUAACUUAUAAUUUCAUACAUUAUACGUACCGUUUAAAAAAUAUAAUUUUAUGUUCAAAACAUCUUUGGUUACAUUCGUGCAAAGAAUUACGUUAAAAUAAAUGUUUUCAAAAAAGGCAUACAAAAGUGUAGCUAGGGUUCCCUGUGUCUGUAGUAUAUUUAUUUACUUGUAUUUCACGUUUUAAUGCCACAAUUCCCUGAAAAGAUCGGUGUCCCCCGUUUUUUAACUGAUAAUUUAUUUCUUUAAUGCAUUUUACAUUUCAUAUCCGAAAUUAAAAGAAAAAUCAUUUCUGGAUCUUGAAAAAAAUCCGUUUCUUGAAAAAAAAAGUAGUUCCAUUUUGCUCAAAACACAAUAUUUUUUCAAAAAUAAUAACAAGAUAGGUUUACUAAAGCAAAAUCCGCGCUAAAAACGUCAAUAAAUAUCGGGCGGUUGUGAUUUUGCCGUUACUCGUAAUGAGCGUCAAGAUGACGCCAUAUUGGGGUAAAGGUGGUAUAUUGUGAUUGUCAUAUCUUCUUAACGAGUUCGGUGACCCCGACUUUUUUGUGUGAUUUUACUUUAAGUAUAUCAUAUACUCCAUGCCUGGGAAGUUUCAGCACAUUCUCAUUUCGGGAACAAUUACUGCGGAAUUACCUUAAAGCGUUUCUUGUGGCCAUGGCCAAUGGGCUCAUUUUCCAUUUCAAACAAAGAUUUUUGCACCUUGGGGGACCAACCUUGUAUCAAUUUUUCUGACAAGAUGAGCUUUGCUAUUUAACCCUGUCGUGGCUGUUUGCCAACACUGCACUUGAACUUGCACCAGCUCAACUACGCGGCAACAGUAAUUGUAGUACCAGUGAGAUAAAACUAAAAACCUAUCUCACCCUGAACAUGUAUUGUGUAAUUGUGUAUUGUUAUAUAGUUAGUGUCAAAGUUCAAUUUUUCUGUUCGCCGAUUGGUCAAAACCGAGUCACGUGCCGGUCCACAAAACGUCAUGUUCGGCAACCGGUCCGCAAUCAAACAUUUAUUGAUCGGUCAAUAAUAAAAUGGGUGCAAUACGCAUGCGUGUCAACCAUGAAGUUCCAAAGUUCAUUUUCAAAAAUGUUUACUAAACAUUUACGGUAUUCCAUUUAUCCAGUUUUGGUUUCAAAUUAAGUUCACUCCAAUAACCGGUGAAUUAUUCACACUUUGACACCUAUAUACUAUAUAACAAAACACUUGUUUACUGAGACCUCGGGAAAGCAGUGUGUUUUGUGGCCCUUCGACCGCCGUUGUUGCCCUCGGCUUUGCCUCGGGCAACAACGGCGGUCUCGGGUCCACAAAACACACUGUUUCCCUCGUUCUCAGUAAAUAAGUGAUAAAUAUCAAUGUUUGCUUGUUAUUGCAGGUUCAGUUUUCACGGCAAGAAACUUCGCUAGAAACGUAAGUAAACCUUUUGUGAAAGGUUACUGCCAUUUGCGAGCAACUGUAAACGUUUUUCCGUGUUUGUUGACGUUUCAAACGUGCACGUUUGGUGCAGUGAGCUACAUAUACGUCUGGAGUGAGAAUUCGCGUCCAAAGAGUGAAGUGAAACAUGGCGGAAAUUAACGUCCCGUACCAGUGGCCUUCUAUUGCAGAUAUAAUAAUAUAGUCAAUUCUGAUUGGCUAAGAGCAGUGCAAUUUUUUGGAAAUACAAUAAACGAUUCCUUUAACUACGGACAACUGGCUACUUUCUCAGCACAACCGCUUACUUGAAAUGAUUCUGAAUGCCCUGUAUACUAGCUGUGUACUCGUUCGGAUUUCGGAACAAAAAUCUACAUAUCGGAUUGAUAAAGUUGUUUCGUAGUCGAAUCGGAUCGGACUUCGAUAUUCGAAAUAAAAUGAAUUAAUUAUCCACGCAUUAUUGCAAGAAUUAAUUAUCCAUGCAUUUAUAAAAAAAGCAUUAUCGCGGUUAUCGCUGCAUUUUUCGUUUGAUACUUCAAUUGCGCGCCACUUUGUCAGCUUCUUGACAUGUAUUUCUUGUUUUUAUAUUCAUUUGGUUAAACAUUUCAACUUGAAUGAGAAAAUUAUUUUGUUAAAGGAUUCUUCGGAUAAUAAUAAUAAUAAUAAUAAUAAUAAUAAUAAUAAUAAAACUUUAUUUAAAGAGGGAAUACAUUGUUUACUUAGUACAGUAUUCUUCCCAAUGGCCCUCGAUGUCUGAUAGUAAUAUAUAAAAAGAAAAUCCUAUUGAGAGUAACAUUGACAAUGAGUAAUAUGCUUACAAUCGAUGCAGCGGAAUUUAUUAACGUGAUCUACUUCAUAAUUCAAUUGAAUAAAGUAGGUUUUGAGCUUCUUUUUAUAGGAAUAAAUUGAGUGAUUUUCAAUAUCUUUUAAUUCGGAAGGUAAAGAAUUGAAUAGGCUUGCACCACUGUAGGAAAUUUUGGAUUGAUUGAUUGAUUGAUUGAUAACUUUAUUAAAGUGUCAUGUCUUAUAGCCAAGUGUCAUGUCUUAUUAGCUUGCGUAGUCUUAACUGAUGGAACUUUUAAGUCUGUAAUAGACGAUCGGAUCGGAUUGGAAUUCUUUAUCACAACUCGGAUCGGAUUCGGAUUAGACAAUUUCGGAUCGGAUCGGAUUUUAAACAUUAGCUAAUUGUCGGAUUAUAAACGUCCGAUCCGAUGCACACCUCUACUGUGUACCACUAAUCUCAAAACGCGUUGCAAGCUGAUACAAAAAUGUUGAUAUCCCCCUUUAGGUUACGAAUGCAACUUCAGACAGCGACGGAAGACAUAAGGAGAAUUCGCUCAGUGAAAAUUGAAAACGACAAGAAAAAUGUGCACAUGAAGGAGGAACACCAAACUGAACUAACUCGACAAAAGAAAGCGUACAGUGAUUUAGAAAGAACAUUUAAUACGCAGGUUUCGGAGUUGAAACUCCAGUUGUCAUCCCAACAAGAAAACUACGAAACGUUGCUGCAGAAUUUCUCGGAGUUAAGACGUGCCUUGACUAAUAAAUAAACUUACUCCGUGGAUGUUUUUCUAACAGGUAUGGGAUUGAUUAUGAAAAUCCAAAGCUACACCGAUAUCUUUUUUUGUCAAUUGCAUGGUACACACGUAAAAACGCACAAGUUGUAAUAGAUCUGCAAUCAAGUUGUAACAAGGUUGUUGCCAAGCUGCAUGAUAUCAAAUACAAAAUGACUGAAAAACGGCAAACUUCGCAGGGUUAUAUUAUCCGCAUUUUACAACAUUUCGCAACGAAACUUCGGAAUAUUACUAAUUUUGUGAUGCUCUUUCAAGCCGUGAUAAAAUUUUUAUCUAGACUUGCCUAGAUCAAAAUUUUGUUCAUAGGUAAUAGGCCCAUUAACGCACGAUAACUGUCAAAGUACACCCUGUAUAAUGAAAAGAAUUAUAUCUUCUCCACUGCCAAUCGUGCCGGCUAACAAUAGACCUGAUGUAUAUAAUGACGUCACAAGGCUUGAUGCCCGCGAGAAAUGCUUGUCUUAGUAGUCAUCGCCCUAGAAAAUUUCGAUAGUGGCCAUUUUGAAUUGUUCAGUAGAGAUGCUGUGAAGUCCGUACUGCGCAUCAGUUCUGCUCAUAACAAAGAGGACCCGCAGAUAUAAACAUUGCCCAAAGUUUGCAUCUUUCGAGAGUUUAUAUUCAUUUACAAGCGUAGCGAACCAGGAAAGUGCUAGAUAUUCAAUUAGUAUAUCAUAUUUUACAAAUAUAGCAGUUCAAAAUGUAAACAAAGCGUUUGUUUACAUUACGGACUUUACAGCAUCUUUAAUUUUCCCGGGCGUUAACUACUAAGACCGGCAUUCGUCGCGGGCAUCAAGCCUAGUGACGUCAUUAUGCAUAAGGUCUAUUGCUGUUGCUGCUAUGACUACAAGUAUUUUCAUGAAUAACUCUUUAUAAAUUUCACAGAUCCUCAAGUAUUGAAUGAGAAGCAUAUAUCCACACGACGCCCAGCGUCAAGUGUACAUAAUAUGGUGUGAACGAAGGCUCCUGUGGAACAAAUUUUAUUAGAUAAUUAUUUUCAUCAAAGAAAUGUAGACUAUAGAAUGUAUUUUAAAUCACUAGACUAACUUUAUUCAUAUGGCACAACCCGACUCCGUAAUGUCCUCCAUGUUUUUAUUGCGAUAACUCACAUGCCUAGUUAAUUCUGUCCCAGUUUACGGUGCGUAAUAUAGAACAAAGGUAGUUAGGCCAGUUAGAAUUUUCUGCGUGAUUACAUUAGCCCGGAUUUUGGUGGGGAAAGUGAGCAAAUUUAGGGGAUGUGCAGCGGUUUGUUAUGACAUUCCCCAUGGAAUGUUAGGACUUAUAGCGUACCUCCCCCCCCCCCGCGCUAAAGUCAAUAGCCUGCGAACAGGCUCUUUGAACCUGCUCGCAGGCUAUAAGGUCAACACGUGAUGUAUGCAUGAAAAUACAUAUGUAUUGGUGCAAUUACGACUGUACGACUCAUCCAGUUUUCCCCUUCAUUACAUUACCAGAAAGUUUCUGUCGAGACAUUGCAUUGAAAGGGACUUGACACAGAGAUGAAUGGCUAUCACUGUUUCAAUUUCACAAGAAAACGUUCUUAGAAAGUGUUGAUCUAGCCUCCUCCGCAGGCCUCUCUAUGGGUUCUAGCCUGCGAAUGGGUUUUGAAAAAAAAAUUUCAAAACUUUUUCCCACCACCCGAUUCGUCGGGGGUGAGAUGCCUGCGGAGGAGGCUAGUGUUGAUCCUGAGCAGCACAAUAGUUUGUCAAAAUUUCACUUUGAUCUAUCAUUUAACCUUUCCCAAGGGACCUCGCAUUACAUUUCAUUCAGUUGAGGUGUUAAAUAAUGUUUCGGCAUCCAUGCAAAAGGCAAUAUUAAUUUUUAGUUACAAUCGUUCAUUGUACGCAUUUGUAAACUAUAACAACGGGAACUGGACAUGUGAGUUAUGUAAACUCGUGAAUUUGAUAGCAACGAUGUAAAAGGGCGUGAGCUCAAACAGUAAUCAAAAACAAGAUUUCAGUAAAUCCAAUGAAGAUUGUCGAACUAUAUUUCAAAUUGACAUACACGUUGCUAGAAAGUUUGCCAUGGAAUUUUAACCAUGGUUUAAAGCUCGUUUUCGUCACGGGUAUCCCACUGUAAUGUGGCGUAUCGCUUUGAUUUCUGGGGUUGAACUAAUGACAUGGAGGGUUAUCGGAGGGAAAUAUGCCAGUAUCAUCGCCAUUGUGGCUGUGAAUACAUAAACACAAUCAUCAUAAACACAAUCAUAUAUCAUAGGACAAUGUCAAAUGACGAACGAUUUUGUAAAGAGAAAUUCAGAAACACAGCUGUAGAUAUUUGUGUUCUUUUCAAUGAUUUCAACGUUUUUAAUUGUAUAAUGCAUACGUGCGUUUAAAAGGAAAUCCAUAGACCGAAUCGAAAAAUAGUUGUCAUUCUUUUUUCUUCUGAAAUUAAUUUCAACCGAG